AUGGCUUGUUCUACAUUUUUGGCUAUCAUAGCCUGCUUGCUUAUAGUUACAGAGUUCCACAGCUUUGUUGGGGCUGAACAAGUUGCGAUAAAUUAUGGCAUGGUAGCAGACAACCUGCCACCCCCAACCCAAGUUGUAGAACUGAUGAAAUCCAAGAACAUUACAAACGUUCGCCUUUUCAACCCGAACCCUGAUGCUUUAAACGCAUUGAGAGGAUCAGGAAUCAGUGUCAUCAUAGGUGUUGUCAAUCUAGAUCUCUUCAAUCUAGCCAGUUUCCCAUCAGCAGCAAACAUUUGGGUCCAAACCAAUAUUGCACCAUAUGAAGCAGACAUAACCUUUCGAUGCAUUGCAGCAGGAAAUGAAAUCCCAAUUCCUAGUGAAUUAUCAGGAUAUCUAAUCCCAGCAAUGCAAAACCUUAAAGCUGCAUUAGACGCCGCGAAUAUUAAAAUCCCCGUCUCCACUGCAGGAUAUGGGUUGUGGUUGGACAAUACUUACCCUCCAUCAGCCACUACUUGGAGUAAUAGUGGAGCUCCUCUUGUAGGACAAAUUGCUCAGUUCUUGCAAGACUAUAAAUACCCUAUGUUGGUGAAUGUCUACCCUUUCUUUGCCUAUUCCGGAAACCCGAAAGAUAUCAAGCUAGAUUAUGCUUUAGGCAAUGCAACUGGGGUUGUUGUCCAAGACGGGGAUCUGGGAUACACAAACUUGCUUGAUGCAAUGGUUGAUGGGUGGUAUGCUGCACUUGAAAAGAGUGGAGGACCAGAUGUUGAGAUUAUUGUUGUUGAGACAGGUUGGCCAUCAGCAGGAGCAGAUAUAGCAACUAUGGAAAAUGCACAUACACAUAAUAACCUAGUAGCUUCUCGAGUUCACGCGGGCAAGGGAACUCCAAAGAGACCCGACAGUCCACUAGACAUCUACUUAUUUGCCAUGUUUAAUGAAGACCAAAAGCCUGGUGGGACUGAGCAGAAUUUUGGGUUAUUUCAUCCUGACAUGUCAGAGGUGUAUCCCAUUGAUUGGUAG